UCGAAGCGAUGGCUGCGGCCGGCGGUUCGCUCCUGUGCCUCUGCUUCAUUCUCCUCCGUCCUGGGGUAUUUGGAGAUGAGAACUCGGCCCCAAAAUGUGGUUACCAGGCCUGUCCAGCUGUUAAGCCCAAUAUGUUGAAUGUUCACCUGGUGCCCCACACUCACGAUGACGUAGGCUGGUUAAAGACAGUGGACCAGUACUAUUACGGAGCCAAGACAGGGCUUCAGCGUGCCGGAGUACAGUACAUCCUCGACUCGGUCAUCCCACAGCUGCAGGCUGACCCGAGCAAGCGGUUCAUCUAUGUUGAGAUCGCCUUCUUCUAUCGCUGGUGGAAGGAGCAGAGCGAGGCGACAAAGGACGUGGUGAAGCAGCUGGUCGACGAAGGUAGGCUGGAGUUUGUGAACGGGGGCUGGUGCAUGAACGACGAGGCGACCACCCACUACAGUUCCAUCAUCGAUCAGAUGACCCUGGGCUUCCAGUUUCUCAACGAUACUUUCGGAGAGUGCGGGCGCCCCCGGGUAGCCUGGCACAUCGACCCCUUCGGGCAUUCCCGAGAGCAAGCCUCCCUCUUCGCGCAGAUGGGAUUUGACGGCUUUUUCUUUGGACGCAUCGAUUAUCAGGACAAGAAAAACAGGGAAAUUCUCCGACAAAUGGAAAUGGUGUGGAGAGCCAGCGCCAACCUCCCAAAACCCACUGCUGACUUGUUCACAGGUGUGCUCCCCAAUGGAUACAACCCCCCCGCGAUGCUGUGUUGGGAUGUCCUUUGUUCAGAUGAACCCAUCAAAGAUGACAAAGAUUUGGAUGAGUAUAAUGUGGAUACAAUUGUGCAGUAUUUCCUACAAACUGCGCACGAACAGGCCAAGCACUACAGAACCAAGCACAUCAUCAUGACCAUGGGAUCAGAUUUCCAGUUUCAAGAUGCAGACAUGUGGUACAAGAACAUGGAUAAACUCAUCAAACACGUGAACGCCGAGCAAAGUAAAGGGAGCAAUGUCAACGUGCUCUACUCCACACCUUCCUGCUACCUACAGGAGUUAAACAAGGCAAAUCUCACCUGGUUGGUCAAGACUGAUGACUUCUUCCCAUAUGCAGACGGUCCCCACCAGUUCUGGACAGGUUACUUCACCAGCCGACCCGCUCUGAAGCGAUACGAGAGGAUGAGCAACAACUUCCUACAAAUCUGCAAUCAGCUGGAGGUCCUGGCGGCUUCGCACGCUCGUAACGGCCCGUAUGGUGUUGGAGACAGCUCUGUGCUGAGGAAGGCGAUGGGGGUGGCUCAGCACCACGAUGCGGUCUCUGGGACGGAGAAACAGCACGUUGCGUAUGACUACGCCAAGAGACUCUCCAAAGGUUGGGAUCAGUGUGAGGUGCUUAUUAGUAAUGCCCUCUCAAGUCUCAGCGGAUCCAAGCAGAAUUUUGUCUUCUGUAGCAAGCUCAAUAUUAGUGUCUGUCCUCAAAUCGAAGAGCUUGACAGUUUCACAGUCACUCUGUACAAUCCUUUGGCCAGGGCAGUGAGAACAUACGUGCGACUACCUGUCAAUGGCUCAAGCUAUGUAGUCUCUGAUCCGGAAGGCAGCUCAGUGCAAAACCAGGUUGUUGCUGUGUCAGCUUUCACGAAAGCGGUGCGAAAGGACCGGGGCUACGUGGUGAACGAGCUGGUGUUUGAGGCCCGGCUUCCGGCUUUAGGUUUUGCAACUUACAGUGUGUCCAGGAAGCCGGAAAGGUUCACGUUCCACAGACUGGUCAGACCGCCAAGCAAGCAUCAGGGUGGGAAAAGGGAUGCCCUGUCUAUUAAAAAUGAGUACGUCCGAGUGUUAUUUGACCAGAACACCGGUCUGAUCAGUGCAAUUGAGAACUUGCACAAGAAUCUCUCUCUGCCCGUUACGCAAAAUUUCUACUGGUACCGUGCCAGCGUAGGCGACGAGGUGAGCUUACAAGCCUCGGGUGCCUACAUUUUCAGGCCCUACCAAGAGGAACCAGCAACAAUGUCUAAGAAUGUGAAGACGUACACCGUGCAGACUGAGCUAUUUCAGGAGGUUUACCAGAACUUCUCCUCGUGGUGCUCACAAGUAGUCAGGCUGUACAAAAAUCAGAAGUUUCUGGAACUAGAAUGGACCGUUGGACCGAUUCCUGUGCAUGAUCUACUUGGCAAAGAAGUCAUCAGCCGUUUUGACAUGCCCUUAAAAACAGGCGGAACUUUUUACACCGAUUCCAACGGGAGAGAAAUCCUCCAACGAAGGAGAGACUAUCGACCAACGUGGCAAUUAAAUCAAACUGAGCCAGUGGCUGGGAACUACUACCCUGUAAAUAGCCGAAUCUAUGUGGAGGAUGGCAAAAUCCAGCUGACUGUGCUGACGGACCGAUCGCAAGGAGGGAGCAGCAUUACAGAUGGCUCGUUAGAGCUCAUGGUUCAUCGGAGGCUGCUGCAGGACGAUCACAGAGGGGUUGAUGAGCCACUUUCUGAGCCUGGUUACGACGGGGAGGGUCUGAUCGUGCGCGGGAAGCACUUCGUCUUCCUCGAUACGGUCGUUGACUCUCCAGAGCUCCACCGGCUGAAAGCAGAGGCAGAGUACAUGGCCCCACUGGCAGUUAUGAGUGUGGGCUACAACAAACAUCAGGCUCCCGUUAAGAAGUACUCGGCCCUGAAGGGGGAGCUUCCACACAGCAUCCACCUCCUCACCCUGGCUCGGUGGGACUCCGAGUCCAUCCUCCUUCGCCUGGAGCACCAGUUCGAACAGAGAGAGAGCCAAGUCUACUCCAAACCCCAGACGGUGGAUCUGCAGCAUUUGUUUCCUGCAUUUGAGAUCACAUCCGUGGAGGAAAUGUCACUGGGUUUCAACCAGCUGAAAAGUGACAUGUCCAGGUUUGUCUGGAAUACCGCACAAGAGAUGGAAGGCUCCAACUCGUUCUCCAGACACAGCAGUGUCUCUGCGCACAAUGUGACUCUCCAUCCGAUGGAAAUCCGUACUUUUCGUAUUCGCUUUCGUCAGGGCUAACCAGACGGGUUGGCCACCCCGCACUGAGAAUACUAAUACUGCAAGGAUGAGCCAAAACAGUCAACAGACGAGUAAUGUUCCUAAUCCAAUCCAAUAGGGUCGUUUAAUCUUGGCUGGGUAAUGCCUUCUAAUUAGCAAAGGCUGGCCCUUUUUACUAGUUCCUA